AUGCCCAAAGAAAAGAAAGAGAGUAAGGUGAAGAAAGAAAAGAAGGAGAAGAAAGAGAAGAAGGAGAAGAAGGAGAAAAAAGAUAAACACGUGUCGAAGUCAAAAGACUUGAUGGAGGUUACAGAGCAGGUGAUCAUAAAAGAAGAAGAAACAAGAGAACCGGAAACACCGCGAAAAGAGAAUUCUCUGAUCGUGCAUUAUGAUUUAAAAGCGUUGGUACCAUUUGCUCAACCGUUGGCUUCUCAGGAAUUCACUUUGGAGUUGAUGCAAACCAUUAGAAAAGCCGAUCUCGGGUUUUCCUGUGCCACAAAGCGUCCAACUAGCGUGGUGAUGAUAGUACCAGACUCUAAGAAUCCGGAAAACGUUGACUACAAAGAUCAAUUUGAUUCAUGCGUCAAAAAAGUGAAGGAACUGGCGGAAAUCACGUACAUCAUGGCUCCAGAAACGAAGAGCCGCAAACCUGCGAAUACUGCCUUUAAACAACAACGUUUAAAGGCGUGGCAACCGAUUCUUACUCCGAAGACGGUUCUACCAACGUUCUUCAUAGUAGGAAUAAUUUUUGCACCUCUUGGUGGUCUGCUACUAUAUGCGAGCAAUAGUGUUUCCGAAGUGAUCAUCGACUAUACGUAUUGUGAUUCCAGGGCUAGCGUUUAUCCAACCUAUGAACCCAUCCCCUCACAAUUUGUGUCAAGUUCUUUCUCUAACUCGAAUUCGACCGCCAGUCCACCUCUGUGGAGUCGUGAGGUGGUCACACCUCCUGAAUUUAUUUUCACUGGCCAAAACAUUUGGCGAUGUCGGCUUCAAUUUACCAUUCCCUUUACAUUUAAACCUCCAAGUUUUGACGCUAACCAACUCAGUGGUCAAGCCGUUCCCGCGGCCACCCUGAAUAAUGGAGAUUGCAGCCCAUUGGCAGAAACCCCCGAUGGUUAUGCAAUUUAUCCUUGUGGCUUGAUUGCGAAUUCUAUUUUUAAUGGGUCGACCACAAAUCAAAUUUAUGAGUUUAGUCAGAAAGGAAUUGCAUGGCCUUCUGACAUGAAGAAGUAUGGGAAAACUCAAUACAGCUUGUCUGAAAUCCGACCACCGCCGGACUGGGCUUCCAAAUUUCCUAAUGGCACUUAUACAGAACAAUAUCCGCCACCCGACCUUUCUCAGGACGAGAGCUUCCAAGUUUGGAUGCGCACAGCUGCUCUCCCUGAUUUCAGAAAACUGUAUGGGAGGAAUGACACCACUGCAAUGGAAGCAGGAACCUACGAAGCAACCAUUGAUUACGGUGAUUAA